AUGACACAAGACUUGUUAAUGAAUGAAGAAUCGCUCAAAACAAUGUUAAAAGGCAGUGCAGUAAUAUUUGCUAUGCUUCCUACACUGAUAGGUGUCGCCUUUGGACUUGUACAUGGAUCUAAUGGUGUAUGUAAAGCUGCUGAUUAUUCUGUAGAUCUUAUUCAUGCAAUUAUGCCAAUGGGUUUUAUUUCUGCUCCUUCAAUAUUUUCCAUUAUUAUGUUUUUUUACAUUACAAUUACAGAAGUAGAAUCUAUUGAUCAUGGAAUUAGAAUGCUUGUAUCUUGUGUUAUCCAGGGAAUAGGAAAUUGUUUUGGUGCUUAUUGUAUCGGUAAAAUGGCAUCUUGUGCAUCUGUAACCAAAGCACAGCAAAAGAAGUUUAAUGGAUCAUUCUUUUUAGUUAUGGUAUUUGGAGAGAUAGUUGCUUUGUUCUCUUUGGUAGGUGGAAUGAUUUUCUUAACACUUGGUGCCACAAAAUCUUAA